AGGAGGGCACGUGCUGUCCUGCUCUGUCUGAGGAAGGGAAGGAGCAGCUGAUGUUUGAGGUUCCUCUGAAUGACACAGGGGUCCGCUGGUCUAGGCAUCAGCCUGAAGGGCAACAAGUCCAGGGAGACAGGAGAAGAACCUGGGAUCUUCAUCAAGUCCAUCAUCCAUGGUGGAGCUGCGUACAAGGACGGUCAUCUGCGUGUCAACGACCAGCUGAUAGCGGUGAACGGAGAGUCUCUACUGGGGAAGUCGAACCAUGAAGCCAUGGAGACCCUGAGGAGAUCCAUGUCUAUGGAGGGGAACUUGAGGGGCACGAUACAGCUGGUGGUGCUACGAGCCCUGGUCCAAUCAGAGGAUCCAUUUGUCCCUUCGCACCAGUCUUUUGAUGCCUCUGUCAGCUGCCCAGCCAGAUCAGCUAACACCUCAGCCCAGCUGCCUGUCGUCAACAACGUCAUCUAUGAGAGAUCUAAUGUCUUUAAUGGAAGUUCCGCCCACGUUGGUGAAGAGGAUGAUGACGAGGAGCUGACUCUUAUAUCUCCCCGUCAGGAAGCCCUUAGUCUAGCCCCAGGGGAUAGCUCCACUAGGCCCAUCCCUGGACCAGCCCCGGGGGAUAGCUCCACCAGGCCCAUCUCUGGACCAGCCCCAGGGGAUAGCUCCACCAGGCCCAUCUCUGGACCAGCCCCAGGGGAUAGCUCCACCAGGCCCAUCCCUGGACCAGCCCCAGGGGAUAGCUCCACCAGGCCCAUCUCUGGACCAGCCCCAGGGGAUAGCUCCACCAAGCCCAUCCCUGGACCACAGCUGGCCCAGUUUCAGUACCACCACACCAAGACCUCCAAGACCUCCAAGAGCAUGGACCUGGUGGCAGAUGAAAGCAACGUGGGAUCACUAGCAGGCCACAGGUCAGAGCCCUCCCCGACCGUGGACCUUGGUCCCACCUUGGGUUUGAAGAAGUCCAGUUCUCUGGAGAGUCUGCAGACGGCCAUGUCAGAGGUCAGGAAGAAUGAGCCCCUCCCCUUUCACAGGCCACGCCCCCACAUGGUCAGGGGGAGGGGCUGCAAUGAGAGCUUCAGAGCGGCCAUUGACAAAUCUUACGACGGACCAGCUGAUGAAGAUGAUGAUGACCUGUCAGACCAGAGUUCGGGACGGGACACCCCUGCCAGCGGCUCCUCUCGCCAGGGCGUGGGGGAAGAGGAGAGGCAAGACAAGAAGAAGAAGGCUAAAGGAACGAAGAAAGAGAAGCAGUCCAACAGUAAAGGAAAGAAGAUAACUGAGGACGUGGACGAGUCAGACAAGAAGGCCAAGAAGAAGAAAGGUUUUGGUUUACUGAGAGUUGGAAAGAAGAAAGAUGUGAAGGUAAAGAAAGCAGAAGCCAAAGCCACGCUACAGAGACAGAAGUCCGAGGUUCUGAGUGAAGAUGAGCUGGAGAGGAUGAAAUAGGAGAGAGAAAGGAUCGAGGCGAAGCAUGCGGAGCUGAGGGAGCGUCAGGCCAGAGAAAAAGGACCUCUCCCUGAUGUUGAGGAUGAUUACAUGGACCCCAACUACGCACGCAUCAACA